AUGGACAUUCGAGUUCAGGCCAUCCUGAGCUCUUUUUGGCCGGCUGCGCGUCGGCCCUUGGCGCCCUUCCUGGUGCUGGGCGAGGCUUCGCCGCCCGCGACCUGGGAGCCAGAGCCCGGUGUAGAAAGUCGUGUUGAUGUGGAUCCGCAAAGCGCGGGCGAUUUCCUCAUCACGCCAAGCCCUGCACAGGAGUUUGGGCGGACCUUGGGUCUUCACGACUACACCGUCCCAUUUCUGCUGCUGGCAAACUACGCGUGUGUCGCAGCUUGUCUGCACUGGAUCACGCACUUGGCGCGACCGGCGCCCCUCCGGGCUUUGUUCUGGCACAGGCCGGCGCAGGAGCAUCGCUCCUUGGCAAAGCUCGCGACGGCCCGAGGUGUGCCUUCUGACACCUCUGAGCCCAGGAUGUUUGACAGCUCUGCCACUGCCAUGGCGCACGCCAUCCUGAGCUCUUUGUGGCCGGCUGCGCGUCGGCCCUUGGCGCCCUUCCUGGUGCUGGGCGUUGACAUUUUGGACGCCUUGGACUUGGCUUCCUGCAAGGAGGCUUCGCCGCCCGCGACCUGGGAGCCAGAGCCCGGUGUAGAAAGUCGUGUUGAUGUGGAUCCGCAAAGCGCGGGCGAUUUCCUCAUCACGCCAAGCCCUGCACAGGAGCCGUGGCUACAGGGCUGGCAGGGGCCGGCGCAGGAGCAUCGCUCCUUGGCAAAGCUCGCGACGGCCCGAGGUGUGCCUUCUGACACCUCUGAGCCCAGGAUGUUUGACAGCUCUGCCACUGCCAUGGCGCACACUGCUAUGCUCUUGAUUAUGGAUCCGGAACAUGAUUAUGAGGACAGAUUUGGAGGGAUUGUCAAUGGCGUUCUGAGCCGUGAAGGGACGUUGAGAUGCCAGCCGCGCUAUUGGAGGAUAGGUCGAGAUGGGCUAUCGGCAGUCUCCGUUGAAAACAUGGAAAGUCGAGUUCAGGCCAUCCCGAGCUCUUUGUGGCCGGCUGCGCGUCGGCCCUUGGCGCCCUUCCUGGUGCUGGGCGUUGACAUUUUGGACGCCUUGGACUUGGCCUCCUGCGAGGAGGCUUCGCCGCCCGCGACCUGGGAGCCAGAGCUCGGUGUGGCUCAAGAACUGGUUGGCGCCAAAGAAAGUCGUGUUGAUGUGGAUCCACAAAACGCGCGUUUUGCGGAGCCUGUGGAAGGUGUUUUCCGGCGGGACGGUGUGUUGCUACAGGGCUGGCAGGGGCACUGGAUCACGCACUUGGCGCGACCGGCGCCCCUCCGGGCUUUGUUCUGGCACAGGCCGGCGCAGGAGCAUCGCUCCUUGGCAAAGCUCGCGACGGCCCGAGGUGUGCCUUCUGACACCUCUGAGCCCAGGAUGUUUGACAGCUCUGCCACUGCCAUGGCGCACGAGGCUUCGCCGCCCGCGACCUGGGAGCCAGAGCCCGGUGUAGAAAGUCGUGUUGAUGUGGAUCCGCAAAGCGCGGGCGAUUUCCUCAUCACGCCAAGCCCUGCACAGGAGUUUGGGCGGACCUUGGGUCUUCACGACUACACCGUCCCAUUUCUGCUGCUGGCAAACUACGCGUGUGUCGCAGCUUGUCUGCACUGGAUCACGCACUUGGCGCGACCGGCGCCCCUCCGGGCUUUGUUCUGGCACAGGCCGGCGCAGGAGCAUCGCUCCUUGGCAAAGCUCGCGACGGCCCGAGGUGUGCCUUCUGACACCUCUGAGCCCAGGAUGUUUGACAGCUCUGCCACUGCCAUGGCGCACGCCAUCCUGAGCUCUUUGUGGCCGGCUGCGCGUCGGCCCUUGGCGCCCUUCCUGGUGCUGGGCGUUGACAUUUUGGACGCCUUGGACUUGGCUUCCUGCAAGGAGUUCGCCGCCCGCGACCUGGGAGCCGUGGCUACAGGGCUGGCAGGGGAGUUUGGGCGGACCUUGGGUCUUCACGACUACACCGUCCCAUUUCUGCUGCUGGCAAACUACGCGUGUGUCGCAGCUUGUCUGCACUGGAUCACGCACUUGGCGCGACCGGCGCCCCUCCGGGCUUUGUUCUGGCACAGGCCGGCGCAGGAGCAUCGCUCCUUGGCAAAGCUCGCGACGGCCCGAGGUGUGCCUUCUGACACCUCUGAGCCCAGGAUGUUUGACAGCUCUGCCACUGCCAUGGCGCACACUGCUAUGCUCUUGAUUAUGGAUCCGGAACAUGAUUAUGAGGACAGAUUUGGAGGGAUUGUCAAUGGCGUUCUGAGCCGUGAAGGGACGUUGAGAUGCCAGCCGCGCUAUUGGAGGAUAGGUCGAGAUGGGCUAUCGGCAGUCUCCGUUGAAAACAUGGAAAGUCGAGUUCAGGCCAUCCCGAGCUCUUUGUGGCCGGCUGCGCGUCGGCCCUUGGCGCCCUUCCUGGUGCUGGGCGUUGACAUUUUGGACGCCUUGGACUUGGCCUCCUGCGAGGAGGCUUCGCCGCCCGCGACCUGGGAGCCAGAGCUCGGUGUGGCUCAAGAACUGGUUGGCGCCAAAGAAAGUCGUGUUGAUGUGGAUCCGCAAAACGCGCGUUUUGCGGAUCCACAUCAGCACGACUUUCUCAAGGGCCAUCCAGUUCUUGAGCCACACCUGAUGAUGUGGAUCCGCAAAACGCGGGCGAUUUCCUCAUCACGCCAAGCCCUGCACAGGAGCCUGUGGAAGGUGCUUUCCGGCGGGACGGUGUGUUGCUACAGGGCUGGCAGGGGUAGCCAGAAGGAGUUUGGGCGGACCUUGGGUCUUCACGACUACACCGUCCCAUUUCUGCUGCUGGCAAACUACGCGUGUGUCGCAGCUUGUCUGCACUGGAUCACGCACUUGGCGCGACCGGCGCCCCUCCGGGCUUUGUUCUGGCACAGGCCGGCGCAGGAGCAUCGCUCCUUGGCAAAGCUCGCGACGGCCCGAGGUGUGCCUUCUGACACCUCUGAGCCCAGGAUGUUUGACAGCUCUGCCACUGCCAUGGCGCACGUAGCCGUGACUUCGGCUUGGGGCAUGUCAAGCGGCAGCAUUGAUACGCUGUUUGGCAGUGGCAAAAUCACGGCAUCUUUUAAAGCUGCUUCCUUCAGCAAGAUGGACAUUCGAGUUCAGGCCAUCCUGAGCUCUUUUUGGCCGGCUGCGCGUCGGCCCUUGGAGGCUUCGCCGCCCGCGACCUGGGAGCCAGAGCCCGGUGUAGAAAGUCGUGUUGAUGUGGAUCCGCAAAGCGCGGGCGAUUUCCUCAUCACGCCAAGCCCUGCACAGGAGUUUGGGCGGACCUUGGGUCUUCACGACUACACCGUCCCAUUUCUGCUGCUGGCAAACUACGCGUGUGUCGCACUGGAUCACGCACUUGGCGCGACCGGCGCCCCUCCGGGCUUUGUUCUGGCACAGGUGGCCGGCGCAGGAGCAUCGAUGUUUGACAGCUCUGCCACUGCCAUGGCGCACGCUGCUAUGCUCUUGAUUAUGGAUCCGGAACAUGAUUAUGAGGAUUGUCAAUGGCGUUCUGAGCCGUGA